CCGCCGCCGUCCUUCGCGCGUGGCCUUUUCUUACCUUCUCCCCUUCUCACCUUUCCACCUCGUUCUUGUUCUGCUGACCAGGUGCGAGCACAGCCGGUCAAAAAUGCCUGAACAAAGACAACGUAGGGAGGAGGAGGGGCUAGGCUCCGGCCUCAGAGGCGUCCUUCAGGGCCUGGCUGUCUUUAUGUUCGCCAAGUUCAUCAUGGGCCAGUUCAUGGGCGGCAAUCAGGAAACCACUGUCUCUGGCGCAAAGUCAAAUGACGUGCCCAGUUUUGCUGCUCGUCCGCCUCGCAGCCAGAUCCCCAACUACAGCCACAUCCCUGACCUCGUCUCGCCAAUCUGGCCUACCGAUAGUUCUCUCGAUAUGAAUAUCUAUGUCUCUCCUUCCAUCGCUGUGCCAAACCUCAAGACUCUCCCGUCUGGCUCACUUGUCUUGGAAGAGAGGAAUUUCACUCUCGGUAAUUACAGCGACACCAGGGAAAUUGAUACCACCAUUAAGGUUCCGAAGGAAGUUCAGCGCAACGGUACACUCUGGGCACACUUCUUUGUUGGGCUGAGUGGACAUCAACUUGAUCCUGCAGCAAAGGACUAUAGCACGGAUAGCGCAGUUCACUUCUAUCGCCCGUUGAACCAGUACCUCCCUAAGAAGAAGGUCAAGAAGCUCAAGAGCCUGCUUGCCUCUAACGACCAAGCUGCAGAGGAAGAGGUCGAUGACACCCCAAAUGUGUCAAUCGCGUCGUUCUAUCAUCCCAACUUCACAGUUUCUUUCAUUCCUGACUCCGGGGCUCAGAAGUAUCGUCAAGUUCAUCCUGCCAUCAGACACCACAUGCAGCUGGAAUCCAGCGGUGCGAGGGAUGCCACCGGACAGAACGGGUGGUACUACCCAAUUGUUUUCCUCAACACAUUCUGGCAGCUCAAGACCCAUAUGAUGGAGCUUAACUCGACUGUUGACACUGUCCCUUUGCGCAUCACCCUCAACAAUCUGCAAAAUUGGAAAUUCAACAUGAUGGCCAGUCUUGAUGCCAACGCUAAGGAGACCGCCCGGCAGGCUGCCUUUGGAAACGCUGCUCCAGGCGGCAGCGAUGGCUCCGAGUUCGAAAUGAUCAAGGAAGUACUAUUGGACACGAACAUCUGGCUUCUGGGAACCACUGGUGUGGUCACCAUUCUCCACAUGGUUUUCGAAACUCUCGCGUUUAAGAACGACAUUUCUCACUGGCGUAAGAAGAAGGAUGUCGUUGGCACUUCCGUCCGCACUAUCCUGGCCAAUGUGUUCAUGCAAGCUGUUAUCUUCCUCUAUUUGAUGGAUAACAGCGAGAAUACGUCCUGGAUGAUUCUUGCCAGUCAAGGCUUCGGUAUAUUGCUUGAGGCGUGGAAAAUUACGAAAACUGUAGACGUGCGCCUGCGCCCGCCGCCAGCUGGAUCGUUCUUUUCCUUCCUACCUUACGUGGUGGUCUUCGAGGACAAACAUAAGCUCAGCGAGACCGAGCAGAAGACGAAGGAAUAUGACGAAAUCGCGUUCCGUUACCUCUACAUCAUCGCCGUGCCUCUUCUCGCAGCAUACGCAGCCUACAGCCUGAUUUACAACACUCACAAGUCAUGGUAUUCCUAUGUCAUUGAGACCCUCGUCGGAAGCGUCUACGCCUACGGCUUCCUGAUGAUGGUUCCUAGUCUGUAUAUCAACUACAGACUGAAGUCUGUCGCUCACAUGCCCGGCAAGGCGCUGAUGUACAAGUUUCUCAAUACUUUCAUCGACGACCUUUUCGCAUUCACUGUCAAGAUGCCAUGGCUUCAUAGACUCGCCACGCUUAGAGAUGAUGUGAUUUUCUUUGUCUGGCUUUACCAGGGCUGGAAGUACAAGGUCGACUACACCCGUGUCAACGAGUUCGGCCAGGGAGGAGACAGUGAGGAUGAAGACGAAGCUGCCCCGGCUGAGAAGCCCAAGGUUGAAGCGUCAGCUACCGCAUCUGGCCACCAGAAGUCUAAGGAGGCGGCAAAGAGAAGAAAGUAGGGCGAUGCUUGUCAUGAGUCUUCGAGUGUUCUAAUGAAGGAAACAUGCUUGGGAGCAUCGUGAUUGCACGGCAGAGGAGUCUAUCUUAGUCAACAUAUCCUCAUGGAUCUUUAAACCAUCAAUCACCCCAUACAAUGGCACGUGGCGUCUUCUGAAUAUAGAAAUGUAUGAGCCGACGCGGUCCGUAACGUUUCGAUUUGCAUUGUACCCGGAGAGUGAGCUCGGCGACCUAUAUAGAAAAUGGUAUAUACUUCUCAUGAAUCAACAUUCUGC